AUGGCCCAUCUAGAGCUUCUGCAUCAUUUCAUAGCAGUCACAUCCGAGGCUCUUGGGGUGGAGACUAUCUCACUUCAAGUUUGGAAGAUGACAAUCCCUCAGAUCGCCCUUGGCCAUGAUUUCCUCAUGCACAGCAUUUUGGCAGUCGCGGCCCUGCAUAUAGCCCAUCUCCGGCCGGAGCAGCGAAGACCAUACUGGGAACGAGCGGCUAUGCAUCAGGAUCGAGCACUGGAGCUACAACAGGAGGCUAUGGCAAAUGCGAGUCGAGAUAAUGCCGAUGCGUUGUUUUCGUUCUCUUUGCUAGUCAUCUACUUUGCUUUCGCAUCACCCAAAACCUCAGAUAGCCAAGAGUCGGAGGAGCCACUUGCAGGCGCUGUUCAAUGCAUCAGCAUAAUACGUGGGAUUCGAUAUGUCGUACCGCCUAUUCAGCAGUGGGUAGAAGAGGGGCCCUUGGCACAACUGCUAUCCUUCCAUCCCGGCAAUAUGAAAAGCAACCACUCUUUCAACGAUCCCGACACCGAUCGCUAUUUCCAAAGAUUCCUUGUGCUAUGCUCUACAAACUCCGACUUGAACAAGACACACGAGUUUGAAGACAUAGAACAAUACGCCGCCGCGGCCAGUACCCUCCGAGCGUCUUUCCUCAAAGCCGAAUCAAUUGCGGACGGCGCGCUGAAGACCCCACCCAUUUGGCACUGGGCCUGCCGUUUGGCUCCGGAAUUUCUUCAAAGACUGGGAAAGUUGCAUCCGAUACCCUUGGUGCUGGUUGCCCAUUGGUGCGUCAUACUGGCGCAAAUCCGACAGUACUGGUGGAUUCAGGGGUGGGUGGAUCAUACCAUGGGACAGAUACAUGAGUGUUUACCUCGGGAAUACCACGAAUGGCUUGAGUGGCCAACGAAAAAGAUUCAAGAACAGCGAGAGAACUGGACCCGGGGAAUAGAUGGGAUUGGAAGCUCUUGA